AUGAACCCAAAUAAGCGUCGAAAAACAUCAUCGAGAUGCAAAGAGCAGAAGAAUAUGCAAAAGCAUACGGUCGAUGAAAGUUUUUACUACCACACUCUGGACACACUUCCACCAGAAGUUUUAGAAAUAGUAUUACGUUUAUUACCCUUACAUGAUGUAGCUACUGCAGUUCGUCUAGUGUCCAGACGUUGUUCGAACGUCGCUACGAUAGUUUUGAAUACUUCAUUUCUUAUUGCUGGUACAAAACUUGAAAGUGCAAUGAAACAUACAGAAACAAUGAUAAUGAAAGUUAAGACAGGUGCUGACCUACUAACCUUCAGCAGAGUAUUCAAUAUCCUAGAAAUGGUCAUGGCACAAUACAAGAUGCUCAGAGCUGUAACUUGGAGAUAUACACAUCCUUCAAAACCAGAGAAAUUUUCACGACUUUGUUUUUAUGCUGGUAGUCUGCUUGAUAAUUUAAAUAGUUUGCUUCAUCGUGCUAUAAAUUGUCCUGUUUCUUUAUUUGGGCUCCAUCCGCCAGAUUCUAGCAUUAUUUUCUUUAUAUCUGAUUGCAAGCGCUUUAUGAACUAUUUUGAAAAAAAUUCUGAAUGCAAAGUGAACAGAUCUGUUUUGGUGUCCGGAUGUAAAGCUAUAGAUGUUCUAGACUGUCUUGCAGAAGGACGUCAAGUUUUAUCAUUUAAUAUAUUGUCUAAUGAAGGAAUCAAAAAUGGUAUUAUUAGUAUGAAGCUAAAAUAUGUAAUAAAACGAGCUUGGUUCACUUGUCUAAAAAUUCCAAGUAUACCUGAUGAAAAUUCUUGGAAAGACCAGCAGCGUUUUAUGUACCUCAGAUUACGUCGUUUAGUUAGCAGUGUCAAUGAACAUUAUUAUGAAAAUUUACAAUAUGAACGAGAAUUACUUUUUCAGGAACCGUCCAUACCACCUCCAAGAAUACCACCAGUAUCCACAUAUUCUGGUUAUGGAGAAUAUGGUGGACAAUUUUUUUAUUAUGGGAACAUGAAUAAGUAUGCUUAUGAGAGCAAAAUCAAAUCCUUACCAGUAACUGAUCACGAAAAUGUCCAAGAAGAUAUUGAAAAAAUUCAUGGAACACCUUGUUUCAAUCUCAUCAUAGCUGUAGAAUUAAAAUGUUCACUAGAACUGGCACCUUUUACUGUAAGAACUUUAUUGCAGUCCAAUGAGCUAGAAAUAUAUACGAAAACAACUAAUCGGCCAGAGCUUUAUUUAAAACUCGAUAUCAUGUGUCCUGCUUCAUUGGCUAAUAGAUUACCAGGAAAUUUUACUUGGGAGCUUAAUAGUUCUCGUCAUAUACGUCAUUCUUCUUAGUACAUUACAAAUAAAUUUUUUAAUUAUAACACAAAACAGAAAAAUGGUAUACUUUUGUUAGAAUUGAUGUAAUCUUUUGAUAAGCAAAAGAUAUUGGAAAAAUUGCUAUAUAAUUUUUAAAUUUUUGACAUAUAAUCUAUUAUAUUUUAACAUAUAAUCUAUUAUAUUAAUAAGAAUCAAAAUUUUUAUCAUGUUUUAUAUAUUAUCAUCAAAAUUUUGAUUAUAUGUUU